UGUUACAGGAAACGAGAUUAUGAAGGCUAUUUAUGCUCCCUGCUGCUUCCUACAGAAUCCAGAAGCUCUGCUUUUGCACUGAGAGCCUUCAAUGUGGAACUGGCUCAGAUUAAGGAUUCAGUUUCUGAGAAAACAAUUGGACUGAUGCGAAUGCAGUUUUGGAAGAAAACUGUGGAUGACAUAUACAGUGACAAUCCACCACAUCAGCCUGUGGCCGUUGAACUGUGGAAGGCUGUCAAAAGACAUAAUCUGACUAAAAGAUGGCUUAUGAAAAUCAUUGAUGAAAGAGAAAAAAAUUUGGAUGACAAAGCAUAUCGUAAUAUCCAGGAACUGGAAAAUUAUGCCGAAAACACACAGAGUUCUCUUCUUUAUUUAACACUAGAAAUAUUGGGUGUAAAGGACCUUCAUGCAGAUCAUGCUGCAAGUCACAUUGGAAAGGCGCACGGCAUUGUCACUUGCUUGAGAGCCACGCCGUAUCACACUAGCAGAAGAAGGGUGUUCCUUCCCAUGGACAUUUGUAUGCUGCAUGGUGUUUCACAAGAGGAUUUUCUACGGAAGAACCAAGAUAAAAAUGUGAGAGAUGUGAUAUAUGACAUUGCCAGCCAGGCCCACUUGCACUUGAAGCAUGCUAGGUCCCUCCACAAAAGUGUUCCUGUGAAGGCAUUUCCUGCCUUUCUUCAGACG